UAAAAAGACCCUCCAACGUGAGAGAUAUUUCAACGAGCAGCGCGUGCUCAACUCAAUACCCAAAACAGAAUCAAAUCGGAUUAUCACCGGAAGAACCAUAAACUCAGAUUCGCUUGAACAACAACAUAGAUGAAGAGUCAGACAGCGAUCGAAAUCGAAGGUUACCCAAUCGAUGGACUUUCGGUCGGAGGGCACGAGACUUGCGUCAUGUUUCCUUCUCUUCGCCUAGCUUUCGACAUCGGCCGCUGUCCCCCUCGCGCCAUUUCUCAGGACUUCGUCUUCAUCUCUCAUUCUCACAUGGAUCACAUCGGUGGAUUGCCCAUGUAUGUUGCAACCAGAGGCUUAUAUAAAAUGAAGCCUCCAACAAUAAUAGUGCCCAAGUCCAUAAAAGAGAAUGUGGAGAGUUUGUUUGAGGUCUAUAGAAAACUAGAUUCUUCAGAACUGAAACACAAUCUUGUUGGUUUGGAUGUAGGGGAAGAGUUUUACAUGAGGAAAGAUCUCAAAGUGAAAGCUUUUAGGACGUAUCAUGUCAUACAAAGCCAGGGCUAUGUAGUUUAUUCAACUAAACAGAAGCUCAAAAAGGAGUACCUUGGGCUUUCUGGAAAUGAAAUUAAGAGCUUGAAGGCUUCUGGUGUAGAGAUUAGUGAUACUGUGACAGUUCCUGAAGUUGCUUUUACUGGAGAUACAAUGUCAGACUUUGUUGUUGAUGAAGCUAAUGUUGACGCGCUCAGGGCAAAGGUUCUUGUCAUGGAGAGCACAUUUCUUGACGAUUCAGUAUCCAUCGAGCAUGCGAGAGAUUACGGACAUAUCCAUCUAUUUGAGAUUGUUAAAUAUGCUGAGAAGUUUGAGAACAAAGCAAUUCUUCUGACCCAUUUUUCAGCUCGAUAUUCAGUGAAGGAAAUCGAAGAUGCAAUUUCCGCAUUGUCUCCACCUUUGGCAGGGCGUAUCUUUGCACUAACACAAGGGUUCUAAACACCGAAGACAAGAAAAAGUGAAAAAGUCCUCUCUUUUUUCGUUGGCCAAAGUUUUGAUUUGUUAAAGAUAGAUCUUGUACUCUUGCUGUUGUAAUGUUAGUGACUUGCGGUAAAAAGAUACCAUAUUAAUUUAUGUUGAAACUGCAUUGA